AUGAGCAACUCAAGCACCACACAUUCACCGUCUACUACUCGCACACCGACGACAGCAUGGGAGACCCGAAACGCGGACGAGGCCAUGCAGAGGGUGGCGGAUGUCAUGAUAGCAGUCACAGAGUCGUUCCGACAACAGUUUCGAGAAGAAAAUGCGAACGACAGCAGGCCAUUCGGGCCCAACGGGCCAGGAAACUUGAGCUGGCGGACUUCGGCUCCGGUUCUUGUCUCUCCUAUCCUCGACGACGACGGCGUGAGCCCAACGAACUCUCAUUAUUCUCGGCCGAGUACCGCUCCUUCGGCCCUCGACGCCUCCAGGCAUGAUGCUGUGUUGCCCGUAUCGCCUACUUCCUCUCGUGAUCCGGCGACAUCACCUCUUUCACGGACCAUGAUGGUAGGGGCGUUGUCCGUUCCUCGACUUCCGACUGUAAAUAUCACACACCCACAUAACGACACGGAAAUACAGGCCCGACAACCAUCGACUUCCACGCCGUUAGUAAAACCGACGGCUGCCACCACACUGCCGAGAGGGUCAGGACCCGAGGCACUCGAACAUCCUUCAGAGUACCCAGACUUAUUCGAGGCUGCCAGGAGGAUAGUCUUCACGCAACGGUUCAGGUCCUCAACGGAGGCAACGCCCCUCAACAGGCCCGGCGAGAAAUCCAGGUACCCUGAAAACGAGGAGCGCAUUUCCUGGGCUAUACAAACCGCAGCGUAUCCGGAAGAUCCCCUCCUCCGAGAAAUACCGCCAGAGCCGCUGUCGUCCGCAAAGGAGUCCUUCCUAGUAGCCGUCGUCAGUCUGUACCAAUUCCUUAUGUUUGCCGGCCUCGUCCAGGCCAUAGCACCGGCCCUCGCCAUCGCCGAGUCGUUCCCAGAUAUACCGAGCGGCCAGCACUCGUGGUUCACCGCAGCCUAUACACUCAUCAUCGGGGCCUUUGCCGUCCCCUCGGAACGCCUGGGCGACGCCUUUGGCCGCAAGACCGUCAUCAUCACCGGCUGCCUCUGGUUCUCGCUCUGGAGCCUCCUCGCCGGCUUCUCCAUCAACGUCCAAAACGGCAGGGCAGACGGCACCGCCUACUUCUGCUUCUGUCGUGCCAUGCAGGGCCUGGGACCGGCGCUCUGCGUACCCAACGGCUUCUCGGUUCUCGAAAGGACGCUACCGGCGAGCCAGAGGAAAGACAUGGCACUGGCCUUUUUCAGCGUCGCCGCACCGUUGGGCUUCGUGGUAGGCGCGGUGAUGUCGUCCCUUUUUGCCUACAACGAUUCCUGGGAAUGGUCCUUUUUCGUACUUGCAGCUGUCAACAUUUCCGCUGCGGGUCUCAGCCUCUUGAUCGUCCCACGACAAGCCCCUCGAAAAGGCCCCUAUGAUCAUACUAUCUGGGUACAGCUCGACGUAUCCGGGACUCUCCUCGGCAGCGGCGGUCUCGUCCUGUUCAGUUUCGCUUGGAACCAAUCACCGGCCGUAGGUUGGCGCACACCGUACACCUACUUCAUCCUCGUCAUCGGCGUCAUGCUCCUCGCCGCCUUCUUCUACAACGAGUCCACCGCUGUGAACCCCCUCCUCCCGCUGCGCGCCAUGACCCCGAAGUCGAAUCUAAUCCUAGGCUGCACGGCAGCGGCGUGGGCCUGCUUCGUCAUCUGGGCAUUUUAUGGCUUCCAAGCCCUCGAGGUCCUGCGCAGCUGGGAUCCGCUCCUUGCCAGUGCGGGCUUCGUACCCGUUGCCGUCGAGGCCGUGGCAGUGGGCCUGCUGCUGGCGUAUCUCAUGCCCGGAGAAGAGGUAUACUGGGCGUUCUUCGCAGCCGUCUUAUCCUUUUUGCUGGCAUCUAUACUCAUGGCGACGGCACCAUCCGACCAGACGUAUUGGGCAAACACGUUCGUCAGCACCUUGUUCGCUCCGCUUGGGAUGGUCCUGACUAUGCCUCUUGCCACCAUCCUGCUCAAACAAAACCUGGCAGAGGGGCACCAAGGGGUCGCAAGUGGCCUUGUUCUGGGCGUGUCGAGCUACGCCAUAUCGCUGGCUAUGGGAAUCGCGAGGAACGUAGAAGUCGGAGUUAAUUCAAGUGACACGGACAAGCUGUCCGGGUUCCAUGGGGCACAAUACUUUGGGACUGGUUUAGGUGGCCUGGCAGUAAUAUGUGCAACGAUACUCCUAGUGUUAGCAGUAAAGGCCAGAGGUAGAUCUUAUGAAGAGGGAUACGUCUAA